AUCUAUGAUAUUUAUAUUUUUAUUUAGAAAAAAAGUAUAAUCAUCAUACAGCUGCUCGACUGUUUGGAAGUUGUGAGCGCGCCUUGGAGACCACUCGGCUAUGAGCGUUCCAAAGCGCUUGAUCACAACGCUCGAACGCGACAGUCCGACAGCCGGCGCAGACGCUCCUUGGAGACCGUACCUUUACGUAGUGCACCGUUCAGGAGUAAAAGUUGUGCACUCUAGAUAGCCGCCGUAGUUAUAACAACCCCCACCACGGGAGUUAGUUCUCCUGGUCUCUAGUCUUCAUGCACCCUACUUUAUCGUAGAAACUUUUAGUAAAGUUCAUUUGAAAGGUCUUAAUUUGUAGUAAUUUGUAGUGAAAAAGAUUUAAUCUGUAGUUCAAAAAUUAAGGGUGGAAGUAGGGUUUGAAUGUAAUUUUUUUAAAAAUUGUCUUAAAGCGAUGAAAUUAGGACCUAUACAAUUGUUAGAAUUUAUAUAGUAAUUUGUAAUAAGAAGGUUUUAAUUUGUAGUUCAAAAAUUAAGGGUGGAGGUAGGGUUAAAAUGUACUUUCUUUACAAAUUAAUAACAACAGAACGAAUUAAUAACAAAAAAAAAAAUUUUUUUUGAAGCAAUAAUCAUAUUAAAAUUACAUAACUUUUUUGUUUAUAAUAAAAGAAAAAUCCAACAAUUGUGUUGAAUGCAGACGGUCUUGUAGAGAAUAAAGAUAAACUUUUAUUUACCCGGUAUUCGAAAUAAAAAAUAUUUCGUGGAAUAAAUAGUGGAAAUAUUGCGCUGCCGUUUGUCCAUCAUUUCUCUUUUUUUCAUUUUUUUCUGAAUAUGAUCCAUGGUUGGUUUUUCACCUUUUCUCCAACCUUUCACCACCUAAAAUUUAUUGCGACUUUUUCUUACCAUUUCUCCAACCUUUCUCCAUCAUUUCGAGUUUUGUAGUCCAAGUCUUUCGAAAAAAAAGUGUCUUUGAAUUUUUAUUUUUUUCAAAAGAAAUAAACAUCAUCAUGCUUUGCGUUAUGUAACAAUUAAUAAUUAGUAAUUUUUUUUGGAACAAUCGAAAAUUGGAAAAGUUGGAAUAAAGUCGGAAAACUGGUGGAGAAAAGUUGGAGAAAAUAUAAAGUUGGAGUAAUUACCGCCAUUUCUCCAACCAUUGGUCAUUUUCAGAAAAAAGAAGAAAAAGUUGAACAAAAGGCCGAGAAAAGUCGAAAAAAGGCGAAGAAAAAUUUCCACCAGGGUAGCAUCAACAUUAAAGGAAUUCAAUUACACAAAAUUAAAAGCUAAACUAAUUAAUUGCACUUAUAGAUUUUUAUAAUGCAUAACAUUUGGUUCAGUAUACACUUUAAGGCAUGUCCAACGCGGAAUGAAAAUACAGAGAAGUUUUUGAAAUUUUGACAGUAGAUUAUUUAUGUAAUAAUACUCAAUCCCUAAUUUUUUUAUAAUUUUUUUGUCGGUGGUUUUUUUUUAAUUAAUUAAUAAAGUUGACAUUUUUCAAGGAGAUUAUACAUAGGCUCUCAUGGCCAGCUGAGUACACUUCACACAAACCUGGUUAGAAACUAUAUAAAAAAAUACAGAGACUAUUUCGAAAAACUGAUAUAUUAUAAAAUGAAAAAAGACGAAAAUUUUAAGCAGUAUAUGAAAAAAGUUUUGUCGGUGGGUUUUUUUUAAUAAAUAAAAAUAGACGCGAAAAAUAGGAAUUUUUACGUAUUAUUGUCGGCAUAGCUCAAACAUAGAGUAAAACAGAGUAAAACUGACAAAAGAAGUUUGCAUGAGUGGUCACACAGCCACGUAAUUGUCGUGAUUUUUUCUGCCAAUCGCACUCUAUAUUCAAGUUGCAAACAUUAAAUUCCAACAUAAUUUUUAAGUUAUAGUAAAUGAUAUUUUGGAUAAAUAAACUUAAAUAAAAUAAGUCUAUAAACAUUUUUUUAUUAUGAAAUAAGGUCAAAUAUGAUAAAAACAACGUUUUAUGAUCGAUAAAGAAAAAAAAUUAUUUUUUUAGGGUUGGCAUUACAUUUCAUAAAAUGUAAAAUAGAUAGGACAUCUCUCCUCCACAACACGCUAAAACCGGCGUUGGACAUGCCUUAAGGCUGAAUGUCAAAAUAUUGAAAAAAAAUUCCCUCUCACAGAUUUUGAUCAAAGUAGGCUUAUUUUUUAAGUGAAAUAAAGAUCUAUUUUAUCAAAUUUUUUUUGUAAUCUUCUACCACGAUUUAAGCGAGAUAAUUGGGGUCAAAGUUGACGCUUUUUACACACGCAUAGGAAGCAUCGGCACGUUUUCACUUCUAUUGAAAAAACGCUCUCACAAAAAACCUUUAUUUUACUACAGCUAAUACUUCUUCAAAUUACGAAAAUAAUGAAAAAAAAAUCAUCGAUUUCUACCACGGAUUUUGAAAGUUAUUAAUUAUUUAAGAAUAUUAAAAACAGUCAAAAAGUACCGGGUGAAGCAUUGAAAAUCUGCUGAAGUAGAUUAGUGUGUGUAAAUACACUUAUACUUUUAAAGACGUGGCAGUAAAGUAUAAAAAUUUUAGACAUUAGGGGGCGCUUAUUAUUUUUUUAAACUAUGGUUAUAAGGGUGCCCUUUUGCACCCAAAGAGUCGUCCUACUUUGGGAUUUACAUUCAGCCUUAAUAUGGAAAUCCCAUCAUUCACCACUAGGGAAGUUAUAAUGCGCAUGUCAGAUUUGACUGAAGUGCUAUCUUGUACAUGUACACAAUAGCUGUUAACUCAAUUUGUUCAUAAACUAUCGAAUAAAAAAAGCAUAUUUUUUCAAUUUAAUUACUGAGCCGCGUGUUAAUAACUGGAGAAUAAUCAAUAAGUAAUCACUAACUCACAUCUCUAGGAAAUAUAUUCGAAAAUGAUCUGCCAGUUUUACUAAUGUAAAUAAAGACUGAUCUAUUUUUGCAGUUCUCUUUGAUCAGGGACUUUGUAACUAAUGUUUUUUUUAUAUUUAUAUUAUCACAUUCAAUUCAGACUUUUUAUCCGGCCAUGGUUUCAGCUUCACUGCACUUUAGAUUUAAUGCGAUUUAACAAAAUAAACAUUGGUUUAGCUACAACUCGUGUCGUUUUUACUCUUUGAUUAUUCAAUCUCAUACAUCGGUCGUAGUUGACGUUAGUUUUGAAUUUUUUUUUCUAUUAGUUGUAUGGAAAAUAUCGUUAUUUGUAGUAAUGUACAAUCGAAGAAGAUUGGCUAAUUUUACGUAUGUUAGUUCAUGCGUGAAAUAUAUGAUUUUUAUUCUUAAUUUUACUUUUUGGCUUUUUGGAGGAUUGCUGAUUGGAGUUGGUCUUUAUGCUUUUUACGACAAAUGGCAAACUACAGGCUCGAUGAGAGUCGAGACAGUAUAUGAUGUUGUACUCAACAUUUCCCUCGUCCUGAUUAUAGCUGGUGGAGUGAUAUUUAUAGUUAGCUGUGCCGGCUGUGUUGGUGCGCUCAGGGAAAAUACAUGCUUACUUAAAUUUUAUUCCUGGUGCUUGUUAGCAUUUUUCCUACUUGAAAUGAGUAUUUCAAUCGUUGGAUUUGUUUUUCCACAUACGUUGCAAUCACUGCUUGAGGAAUCCGUCACCCACAAAAUCAUUCAAACUUACAGAGAAGAUCCAGACCUGCAAAACUUCAUUGAUUUUGGUCAACAAGAGUUUGAAUGUUGCGGUCUUAGUCAGCAAGGUUAUCUUGAUUGGCAAAAAAAUGAGUACUUCAACUGUUCAAGCCCUGGUCGAGAGAGUUGUGGAGUGCCAUUUUCUUGCUGUAUUAACACAACAGACAUAUCAAGUGGUUUAGUCAACAUAAUGUGUGGUUAUGAAAUUCAAAAACAACCACCCUCUGAAGCUGGGAAAAAAAUUUGGAUAAGUGGCUGUAUCGAGAUCGUCCGUAUUUGGGCGGAAAGGAAUUUAUACAAAAUUGCUGGUUUCGCACUUGGAAUUGCCCUGAGCCAAUUAUUUGUUAUUUAUCUUGCAAAAACGUUAGAAGGACAAAUUGAAAUGCAAAAAGCUCGAUGGAGAUCUUGAGCACAACAGGCCACCUACUACUAUUAUCAGAUUGAUUCAUCGACAGGCAGGCAGGUGGCCAGUGUUCAUCGUUAUCAAGGUCGUAAAAACAAAAAUAGUGCCAGUAGAUGUAUGACGUUGAUUAUACUAUUCGCAGUAUCAAUUUAUAUUGUGUGUAUAGUGUCAUUCAUAAAAUUGGCGUUUCAUAUCCGAAGCUAUUCUCACAGCUAUUUUGAUGAAAAUUAAAGAUAACAUUAGUCAUGACAUUAAAUAUUCUCAUCAACCAUCUAAAUUAUAAAGAAUACAUACAACCCGAUACGUUUUCAGAAGCUAAGAAAAAUAUCUCAAUGUUUAUUUACCGAUGGUUAGCUCCGAAGCUUAAGAUUUGUGAUAUGUUUUUUUCAAUGGUUAAAAUUAUUAAGUGAUAGAAUUUUCGGUUAAUAAUAGACAUCAAUUUUGCACUACAGUUUCGCUUCAACGAUACAAAAAUGUAUAAUUACCAUCACUUUUUAUACGCGUGAAAGUACUUUACUAAAUAUAUACGGUAAAUACUAUUGAAUGAUAAGUAUAAAGUAUUAUUACUGAUACAUUAUAUGUAAUAUAUUGAGAAGUUAUGGUCGACUGGCAAGAGUUGAUGAUGGCGAAGCUGCCCCUUCCACAUUUCUUUUUAUAACAGCUCACUAGAAUGAGUAAGUAAAAGCUAUGCUUUCCCAUCCUGAAGUUCCUUGAAAAGAGAGUCCAGUCGUUACAUACCGACAUAGCUUCAAAAUGGCAGCUUGAUGAAUUUGUGUGAAUACGUGUAAGCUUAGUGUGUGUUAUAUUGAUAUUUCAAAGUUACAACGUGUAUGAUACACAUUCAGUUCAUAUUGAUAAUGUUCAAAAUCAAUUAUUAAUUCAUUAUGAAGUAAUUUAAGUCAAGAAAAUAAAAAAGUCCAAAAAUUUAUGGAAAAAGAAAUUAUACAAUAGACAAACUAUGAGAAUGCAUUUACUUGUAUUUUUAUCGACUAAUGCAAUUUUUCUAUUAUUAUUAAUAGGUUAUUGUUAUUUUCACUAUUCUUGAUAUUUAUGUAACGGCAUUACGAGAUAAUUUACCUCGUCCACAGCCACGUCCACGUAAAUCAAAGUCUCAAGCAGAGCCAGAUAAGAAAAAGCAGAUAAAGAAGAUAACAAGAAACAGAAACUUGUACCAAAGAAAAGAAAUGGCUUUUGUUUUUUUUUUGAUACCGAAAUAAACAAUCUUGGUGUUUUUUAUUUUCCUUUCAUUUUUUCAGGUUAGCAUUUAGUCGUUUUCGAAGUGGUUUUGUCCACUUCAAAAUUCUCGUUUAGUUCUGGCUGCUAGGAGUAACUUCAGUUAUUCGUGCUCGUGACAAUUCGUCAAAGUUCUCACAGAUUGCUUACUCCAAUUCGUGAUGUUUCGUUGGCUCCCGUUGUAUUUUUGAAUACAUCCGAAUGGAAAUCUGGUCCGGCUCAAUGGAUUUGAUAUCCGAUCCUGAUCAAAAAUUGGUCACGUUAUCUUAUUUCAGGAAGCCUGAUUGAAUCCUGAUCAGCAUUUGAUCAAAGUACUUGUUUGCGUUCAAUUUCAAGCUAACUUGAUCAAGAUAGCAUCGAGUAACCUUAACACAUCCUGAAGAAGGGUAACCUGAUCAAAUCUUGAUCAAAAAAUUACCAAGUCAAAUAUUCUAAAAUAAAUAUUUUUUUAAAACAAUUUUCCCUGUUCAAAAUAGCAUCAAGUAUCUUGAUCACAUCCUGAUCACGUGAACCUGGCCAAAUCUUGAUAAAAAAAUCAUCAAGUUGAAUAUUUUAAAAUAACUUUCCUACUAAAGACAGAGCAAACUUUCCUUAGUAGAAUCCGCGUUAUAAGUUCGGCCGAGCUUCGUAACUGAGGUAGAUUAAGGAAAGAUGGUAGCCGUGAGUCAUUCAUGAAAGAUUAAUGCCAGGUUUGGGUGGAAAAAUUCAUAUUUCUUUACGGUAGUAUGGUUGAACACAUGUACGUCCCAGACAAGACAGAAGAUGUCGAGGGGAAAAUCGUACAAGCGAUGAACCUCAUAUAUAUUAUAUUCUACGAAAGUCUUUGAGUAACUGAGUCACCCUGAGAAAUUUUUUUUCUGUAUAUUAGUUAAUCGUUUGUUCCCAACCUGUACCUUUUGUUGAGAAAAUAAAAUAAUUUGACUGAAGAAAUGUCAAAUGUGAUAUGUUUCUAAAAAUAACAAAUAAUUAAUUUAUAUUAAACAAGAUAUGUCUUAUUAAAAAUAAAAAAUUCCAAUGAGCAAAUUAAUUAUAUUUCGCUUGAAGGAAUUGACGGAUGUAAAACGGAAAUGAAUGAUUCAUUUUAAGAAAAUAAUUUCUACCUUUAUGUACAAUGUUCGGUCAUAUCAACCAGUUGUCUCUUUUUUCUGUUACUCGUAGAAUGAUUGGAUUGUAAAAAUUGAGCAAUAGAAGUUAAAGAAAGAAACUAUAAAUAGCUGUAUUAAAAAUAAAAAAUUCCAAUGAGCAAAUUAAUUAUAUUUCGCUUGAAGGAAUUGACGGAUGUAAAACGGAAAUGAAUGAUUCAUUUUAAGAAAAUAAUUUCUACCUUUAUGUACAAUGUUCGGUCAUAUCAACCAGUUGUCUCUUUUUUCUGUUACUCGUAGAAUGAUUGGAUUGUAAAAAUUGAGCAAUAGAAGUUAAAGAAAGAAACUAUAAAUAGCUGUACGACCGCGCGGGCUGUACGAACGCUCGAGCGUAUACAACCAAGCAUUUGCCAGUAUAGUAUAGUAGAGAGAGUAGGGGAGUGAGAGAAGAGAUGAUGUGCUUGGAAUGAAUGUGUGUGUAUGUGCGUUUGCCCAUUCAUUUGGCUUGAGGACUGGGGGUCAGAAGGGCCUUCGAGCGAGUAGUGUAAACUUAUGAAUACAAAAGUCUCUACUCUCUAGAUUGGUCGAAAUUGUGAUUGGUCGUCGUUGAAAAAUGGUUGACUAGGGAACUGUGUGAAGCGCGAAAAUUAUAAAAAAAUGAUUUUAAUAAUAGAUAUAUCUACACAAAGAUAGUUUAAAAUAGAAAAUAUAGUACGGAAAUCAAUUUAUUUCUCAAAAUUUUAUAUGCUAUUAAUAUUCAUAUAGAAAGAUAGUUUAUAAAAUUUUCAUGAAUACACUAUAGAGUAUAUUCCAUACUAUAAUAUUAAUUACAAGAAUGUUUGUUGCUAUUAUAACAUUAUUAUAUCUAUAGAGAUUGUAAUUGUAAUAUUGAAUGUAAAAAAGUUGUAUUGAAAACUAAAAAUAUUAUUUCUGAUACUAUCCACGAAAAUAAUGACACGCUGCUAACUUUUAACGAAUAUAGUUUCUUUCGACUAUGACCUUUUAAUGAUUUUAAAUUAUUUCUAACAGAGUAAAUUAUUGAAAAGAAAUGAAUUCCUAUCUAAGUUUGUCUGAAUUUCUAUAAUAAAGAAUAUUGUAUAAAUCCUACGUAUAAUCUAUAAAUUUAUUGAAUAUAGUUAAAAUAAUUAAUGAGAAAAUUGAAUACGAAGUAGAUGUUAUACUUAGAAUUGGAGAACCUUUUGAAUAAUGAAUAAUACGUCAUGAUUAAUUGAUCGAAAAAAAGGUUUUUAUAAUUAUUUACCGUAAUAAGUCGUUGCGUUCCUUAAUUUGAAACGUAAAAACUUAACUUUGCAACGAAUUUUAUCUUAUUAAGAAACCGGAUUCAUCCGAAAGUAUUAAAAUCAUACUUCCGACAGAUAGCGUUAUUAUAUUAUUUUUUUUGCUUAUUAUAUUUUCAAUUAUCGAUUAUUAAAAAUAUAUUUUACACUAAAUUUUUUUCUCUUGAAC